GGCAUCUUCACGCGAGGGUGUACGCAACAGUUCCCCAACUACAAGUCGGGGGACUUCGACUGCGACAAUCGCUAUGGUGGCUGCGAUAAGAAGAGCGGCUGCGAGAGGCUUCCGGAGGAGCUCCGCGAGGGGUGCUAUUGGCGCUAUGACUGGCUCAGAUGGCUUGCUGGUGGCGGGCAGACGAACAACCCGUACGUCAAGUUCCGGCGCGUGCGUUGCCCAGAGCAGCUCACGAAAAUCAGUGGCUCUACGCCCCUUGACGAUAGUGACCACCCAGCUCACGAGGGCGGAG